CCCUCUUUCUCUUUCUCUUUCUCUUUCUCUCGUCACUAGUAAAUUCUGCGUUUUUCUCGUUUGCCUUCUUCUCCUCUUUUGUGGGUUUUGUUUUCUGGGGUUUGUUCGAAGAUGAUGUACGAGCAGCAGCAGCAGCAAGUGAGAUUGGAUUGGAGGAGGAAGACAGGGACAGCGGAUCAGAGAAAGGGAGGAUCCGCCAUUAUUGAGGAAGAUGAGAGCCUUGAAGUUGUGGAUUUGAGUGGCUUGUCCAUGGAGUCUCUCCCUAACCCUACCCUGAAUUUAGCCCUCGUUUGCAAGUUGGACCUCUCUAACAACAACCUUCAGACAAUACCGGAGUCGCUGACGGCAAGAUUGCUAAACGUGGUGGUGCUGGACGUCCACUCCAACCAACUGAAGGUGCUUCCGAACUCAAUCGGGUGUCUCUCCAAGCUCAAGGUUUUGAAUGUUGCUGGAAACUAUCUUCGGUUCCUCCCCAGGACUAUUGAGAAUUGCAGAUCACUUGAGGAACUGAAUGCAAAUUUCAACCAGCUUACGAGACUACCGGACACCAUUGGCUUUGAGCUCCUGAACCUUAAGAAGCUCUCAAUCAGUUCGAACAAGCUCGUGUUUCUCCCUCACUCCAUCUCCCACCUCACCUCCCUACGCAUCCUCGAUGCUCGUCUCAACUGCCUUCACUCGCUGCCUGAAGACAUGGAGAACUUAAUCAACCUCGAAGUUCUCAACCUUAGCCAAAACUUCCAGUGCCUCGAGACCCUCCCCUACUCUAUAGGCCUACUGUUAUCCCUCGUCGAGCUGGAUGUUAGCUAUAACAAGAUCACGGCCUUGCCAGACUCCAUGGGAUGUCUCAAGAAGCUCCAGAAGCUCUAUGUCGAAGGAAACCCGCUCACUUCGCCUCCGCCGGAAGUCGUUGAGCAAGGGUUGCACGCCGUGAGGGAGUACUUGAGCGAUAAGAUGAAUGCAGGACAUCAAAGUCCAGUCAAGAAGAAGUCGUGGAUCAGCAAGUUGGUCAGGUAUGGUACAUUCAAUGGGAGCCAAGUUAGUAGAAUGAACCAGGAGGAAAGGGAAGGGUUUAUGGCAAUCGACUAUCAGAGAAUUGCUGGACUUGCCUCGCCGAGAUAUGUGGGGAGGUUCUCACCGCGCCGCCUCUUUUCUCCAAGAAGAAGUCAUUAAUAAUAGUUAACGUUUUGUAAAGUUUUCUACAGUAGUGGUAUUGUGUGAUUAUGACCGUGUUGCCAAAUUAAGGUCCGUCCAUUAGCACUAGGGCACUUUGUGAUACUAUCUAUUAGCGUCACAUGAUGGUAGAUGAGCCCACAUACAUAUACAUAAUGGUGUUCUUGGUUCAUUUGGCUGUAUGACAAGUUGCUUUUUUCCCCCUACGCUCAUGUUGAUCUUCAGGGCAAGACAGAGAUCAUCUUCUUGGCGAAUAGUAAUGUAGUGUUCCCGGAGGCUGUGUCCUUGUGCUGGGUGGAAGUAAACUUAACGAAACAACUAACCAUCCCCUAAAGCACUUGCCAAUGAACAUUCCUCAGUUCCGUGGUUGUUGAGGCGUUGAGCUAAGCCAUAUAAUGCACAACAAGAAUCAAUCAGAACUUUUCAGUAAUGCAAACAACCAAAGUUUACACUGUCUCCGGUCUGAGUGGCGCUCAAGUUUACAGCUGCAUCUUCACCAAUACCGUCGGCACUAUCCUUAGCAGAUA